AUGAGUACUGAACUGAAGACGUCAGUCUAUAUAGGCAUUGCAUGCAGUGCAUCAAGCAUAUCAUUAUUGUUGCCAGCUUUGAUAAUUUUUCUGAAAUACAAUUCUUUAAGAAAGCAAUGUAGAAUACGACUUCAUAUUCACUUUUUCCUGGCAUUACUAUUGAAAGAAAUUGCAUCAGUACUGUGGGAUGUGCUCGUUACAUACGAUAAACUCUCAAAUGAUACGGUCUAUACAACGACGUUAGCUCAAAAUACGCAUUGGUGUAAAGUUUUGUCAUUUUGUAAAAUAUUUAUGAAAUGUAGUACAUAUUCUUGGAUGUUUUGUGAAGGAUUUUACCUCCAUCAGUUACUAAGCAACGCGUUUUCACCACCUAGAUCCCUAAUAUGCAUUACUGUGUUUGGAUGGGGAAUUCCUUUAUUGUCUGCCUCGUUGUACUCAUUAGUGCGAGUUAUAUAUUCCGAUGAAAAUUGCUGGUCGAUAUUUUUUCAGUAUACAGAAUGGAUAAUGUUCACACCAAAUCUUGUAUUCAUUAUGGCCAAUUUGCUAUUCCUUUGUAAUAUAGUUCGUAUUUUAUUGACACAAAUGCAGUCUCAUCCCAACGAACCAAGUAAUUUCAGACGAGCAGUUAAAGCAACCUUUGUUCUAAUACCAUUAUUUGGGGUGCAUUUGUUUGUAACAAUAUACCGGAUUCCAAUAUCAAAAACUGGUGGGAUGGAAUAUGAACGAUUUACUAUUUGUGUAGAUAAUUUACAGGGUUUUUUCGUCGCACUGAUAUUUUGCUUUUUAAACAAUGAAGUAAAUGGGAAAUUGCGCAGAACAUGGCGUCGGCAAGUAAGUGAACGGUUAACCUCACGUAAUAGACGGAUGACAUUAACAUUGAAUCAAACGUUGUCACUUCGCUCUGACAUAGAGUUCAAAUCUCCAAAGAGUUCCAGGAAAGAUGAAGAGAAAACAAAUAUUGUCAAUGGUGAUCACAAAAGGUCAAAUAACUCAGUUGUAGAUGUUUGAUUACAAGUGUGUUCAUUCACAUUCGCACUGCUUUGUUGUCAGUGGUAACACUAUCAUAUCAACAAGAUUGUUCAAAACAAAAGGUCACCAGGAAAAAAUGUUCCUCGUGGCAAACUGUCAUAAUAACUACUAGUUGUACCAGAUUUAAAAACUCAAGAAAUACAACGGUAUGGUUUACUCAGAAAAAUCAGUAUACAUUGAAAGGCGUACUAAACUAAGUAUAAGUAUUAGAUAUAAUGUAUGUAUAUGUACCUUUUCUAUAUUGUCAUCAUGAAAUAAUGUUAAUGAUCUUGAU